AUGAUGCUGGAGGAGGGUGAAGAGAAGAAACAUCUUGUCGAAAAUGGAAAAGAAACUCGCUUGCAGAUUGAAAGUGUUUCUUUACUGAAAAGAAGAGACAAGAAAUGUUUCACCUGCCGUCAGUGUGGAAAGAGUUUCACACGCAAACAGGGACUCGAGGUCCACAUGAGGAUCCACACUGGAGAGAAACCGUUCACAUGUGAUCAGUGUGGAAAGAGUUUCACAAACAAAAAGAAUCUCAAGGAUCACAUCUUAGUCCACACUGGAGAGAAACCCUUCACAUGUGAUCAGUGUGGGAAGGAUUUUAAACAACAAGGACAUCUUAAGGAACACGCAAAAAUCCAUACAGGAGAGAAACCGUUCAUAUGUGAUCAGUGUGGAAAGAGUUUUAAAUACAAAAAGAGUCUCAAGUGUCACAUGAUGAUCCACACUGGAGAGAAACCAUUCACAUGUGAUCAGUGUGGGAAGAGUUUCACAAAUCAUGUAACCCUUAAUGAACACAUAAACAUCCACACUGGAGAGAAACCGCAUGAAUGUGAUCAAUGUGGCAAAACGUUUUUGUGGGCUUCAGGCCUGAAGAUCCACCUGAAAGUUCAUUCACAGGAGAAACCACAUUCAUGUUCUUUGUGUGGAAAGAGUUUUUUACAUCAACAAAAUUUAAAGGUUCAUCAGAAAAGACAUACUGGUGAAAAAGCUUAUGUGUGCUUUGAGUGUGGGAAGAGUUUUAUUACAAUUGGAGAUUUGAAAAUGCACCAGAGAAUACACACUGAAGAGAAACCUUACAAGUGUUCACAAUGCAACAAGAGAUUCAGUCAGUCAGCACAUCUGAAAACACACGAGAGGAUCCACACUGGAGAGAAACCUUACAAGUGUUCACACUGCAACAAGAGAUUCAGUCAUUCAGGAGACCUGAAAAAACACGAGAGGAUCCACACUGGAGAGAAACCUUACAAGUGUUCACACUGCAACAAGAGAUUCAGGCGGUCAGAACAUCUGAAAAAACACGAGAUGAUUCACACUGGAGAGAAACCUUACACGUGUUCACACUGCGACAAGAGAUUCAAUCGGUUAGACCUUCUGAAAACACAUGAGAGGAUCCACACUGGAGAGAAACCGUAUCACUGCACUGCAUGUCGGAAGAGUUUCACUCGAUCAUCUGCUCUACACAGUCAUACAAAAAACGAUCACUGCGACAGCGUUGUCAAACUGAGCGAAUCAAUGAACUGGGGAAAUCCCUUUCAGUAAGGAUGCUACACAAGAAAAUCCCCAUCAAAGACAAAAAAAGCAUGUACAAUUCUUGUCAAACUGGUUUGAUAUAAAUUUAAUAUCCCCUCCUAAGAAACGAUAGAAGGGUUAAAUUAAUAAUUGAUAGUUUUUUUCAAGUCAUGUUAAAAAAGUGUAUAGGUAUAUACUCUCUUAAAACUCAUUCUUUCUUCAAUUUCUUUCUUUCUGCAACUCAUGAAUGUGCAUGUGUUUGUGUUAGGUAUUACUUUUUUGUGUUUGAAUAAUCAAUAAAGUCUCAUUUGUAUUGCA